CAUGGCGGAGGCGGGAAAAGAGCCUGCAGGCCUCGCGUUCCCGGGAGGAGGUGCCACCCAAUGGCCUCUGCAGCGGUAUGGACGCUUCAUGCCCUCAGGCACUGGAGAGCCUCCUGGUCCUGGUCAGGGCGAGGGGACAGCCUCUUCCCUCACAUGGAAGGUUUUUGACUCCAGUGAAGAAUCUGGGUAUCUUGUUCUCACCAUCGUUAUAUCAGGUCAUUUCUUCAUUUCCCAAGGACCCACACUGCUGGAAGGGUUUUCACUCAUUGGUAGCAAGAACUGGUUGAAGAUUGUGAGACGCAUGGAUUGUCUGUUGUUUGGAACAACGAUAAAGAACAAGAGCCGCAUGUUCCGGGUGCAGUUUAGUGGAGGGUCCAAGGAGCAGGCGCUGGAAAGCUGCUGCAGCUGCGUGCAGAAGCUGGCCCAGUAUGUGACCGUCCAGGAGCCUGACAGAGUCAGCCAGGAACUCAGGCCAAGUGCUGGCCUGCUGGGGGCAGGUGAAAGCCAAGGGAAAGAUUGUGCACAGCACAUCCCACCGCAGCACCGGUCACACCAGAAGCCAGAGAAGCAGCAGCAGUAUGGACCAGCCGGCACAGGGACUUCAGGAGGAAGGACCUCAGUGAGUUGGUUGGCUCAGUCUCUCCUGGUGUCAGAGGAGCUGUCCCCGGUCUAUGAACAAUCUUCGUGGGACAUGGAAGACUUACGCCCCUUUCUACGCUUGUGCCUCAUGGAUCAGAAUUUCCCCGCAUUUGUGGAAGAGGUGGAAAAGGAACUUAAAAAGCUGACAGGGUUGAGAAAUGAACACUCCACGUACAUAUAGCACUAAGGAACUUGAAAAAGUUCACUGAAAAAGUGCUUCCUCCUAAGAUUAGAUACAAGAAUAAAGAGUAUUAUUCCAAGCA